CACCCGCACUCCACUUGCCCACCACCCCACUCAGCUGCCUAGAGCUAAUCUCCGGAGCGCAUACCUCACCAGGCUCCUCCAGAUCUCCACCCCACGACGCAGAUCGAUCGCCAGCAAGUCUCUAGCUGUGACCUCGAGUGUGCAGGAGAGAUGGCCGGCGGCGGCCAGCGGCGUCCCUGGGACCUCUCGCGGCGGGCCGCCUCCUUCCUGCGCAUGGCGCGGCUGGCGCUCGCCGGCGCCGCUCCGGCACAACUGCUCGCGGAAGAGGAGUCCGUCGGCGGCCACAUCUGCGACCCGUACUACAAGAGCGUCAGCACGGAGGACGAUGACCCCGAAUCCGACGGGCUUUGGCUGGAGGAGGACGAAGCGAAGCUAGAGCUGCUCGUGGGCGACGAGGAUGGGUCAACGGCGAGAGGCCUGUGCGCGUCGUCUGAGAUCAGCACUCCUGGUAGUAGUCUUCUGAACAACAAGUCCCAGUUCAUCAUGCAGCACCGGCCUGCGACGGCCGGCGCCGCGCUUCGUCUGGAGAAUAAUGACGCGGCGGCGGAGUCGUCGGAGCCGCUGGUGCCGCGCCGCGCCGCGAAGCGGGCGAACGAUGCCGGGAUGGUUCACCAUCCUUUCGGGUGCGAUCGCCGGGGGAGCGAGUCCUCGUCCUUGCUGCUUGUUUCUUCCUAGUCUCGUGUCUCGUCGUCUUGACCGGAUCAUCGCAAAGGAGGCGGCAGCUGGUCACUUGAAUCGGAGAAGCGAGAAAGAAGUUCCCUGAAAGUCGUGUGCCGAUCAUAAAUUUUGCUGCUCCUGAUUAAUUGUUGUUUUGGUUA